AUUUGCUGAUAUUCCGUAGAAUUACCGGCGAUCGUUCCGUAUGGACCCCCUCGCUUGAACUAAAUUCCUGUACCCGACUGUGAUGCUAGUGAACUUGGCCUGGGUCAUUCCGAGAAAAUUCCGCUAAAAUGAGUACUACAGCUCAGCAAGGGUCCGUUCUGGACGUUCUCAAGAAGAAGAUGCGACAGAGUCGCGAGGAGAUGGAGAAAUUCCAAGAGGAAUCUGAAGAGAAUUACCGCCAAUGGAAUUUGGAAAAGAAACGGCGUGAAGAUGCUGAAGCCGAAGUCGCAGCCUUGAACAGGAGAAUCCAAUUGCUCGAAGAAGACUUGGAAAGGUCCGAGGAACGGCUCAACACUGCCACUUCCAAGUUGGCCGAAGCUUCGCAAGCAGCCGAUGAAUCCGAAAGAAUACGGAAGGCUUUGGAAAAUCGAACAAACAUGGAAGACGAUCGCGUGUCCAUUUUAGAGUCGCAACUCGCGCAGGCCAAGAUGAUCGCUGAAGAGGCCGACAAGAAAUACGAAGAGGUUGCCCGGAAGUUAGUCAUUCUAGAGACCGACUUGGACCGUGCUGAGGAACGAGCUCAGCAAGGAGAAACGAAAAUCGUGGAGCUCGAGGAAGAAUUGAGAGUCGUUGGCAACAACUUGAAAUCCUUGGAGGUGUCUGAGGAAAAGGCGACCCAAAGGGAGGAGGAAUUCGAAAAGCAGAUCAAAUCGUUGACUUCUCGCCUCAAGGAGGCUGAAGCUCGUGCUGAAUUUGCCGAGAGAUCGGUGCAGAAACUGCAGAAGGAAGUGGACAGGCUCGAGGACGACUUGCUCGUGCAGAGGGAGAAAAAUAAGCAGUUGAACGAGGAAAUGGAAGCCACUUUGCAGGAUAUCCAGAACAUAAUAUCGAAGUGGAAGCUCCGAGAUGAUGUCGUGAAAGAGCGAGAGAAAUACAAGGGCCUGACGGACGAGUUGAGCAAAACAUUCACGGAAAUUUCGGGCUAUUAACCCCGAACGCUGGUGGAUUUCUGCAACGUAGCAGAAAGCAAGAAAAAAACAAAGUCUCCUCAUAUCCUCGCACUGUUUUCUCGAAAUCUUCUUUUUUCUGCGCGCAAAAAAAAAUUGCUCGUCAUUUGUCUCUGUCCUCAAUUCUGCAUUUGCUCCUGCAACCCCGAUGACGUUUGUGCAUAUGUUAUUCUAUCGCGGAAUGACUGUUUUUUUUUUUGUGUGUCUGUCUUCCUUUUUCGUCACGGUAUGUUGCCAUUAUCGAGGCACCGCACGACUGCACAAAAGAAAUAACUCUUUCAUAGGAAAUCGUGUAACGCUCUAUUCCAUCUGUUUUCACCUCUUGGCUUUUUUUUUGUGUGUGACCAAGUAUGUGUAGAUGAGAGAGAGGAGUGGAUGAGUAGGAUAUUUAUUCAGGAACAAGUUGUACAGAAGCUUGCUUGUCCUCGUGGAUGGUGCGGUUUUUUUUUUGUGUGUGUGAGUCUGGCUUUUGUUUUUUUUCCUGAUCACGAGGAAGGAAUCAAAUGGAAACGAGUCGUUUCUUGCGGAACAGAAGUUUUUUUUUUGCAAUGAUUUUUCUCUUCGAGUUUGUGGGAAGAACAUUAUAGGACUGAAAUUCAU